CUUCAACCCGCGCCGUUUCUCGCACCGCUGCUGCUCGUGAUUCGCUGCGCCGGUGGGUGCCUCGCCGCCGCUCCCGCCCAGAGGCACCGCUGCGUGCCAGGGGAGACGGCGUUGGGGGUCGCGCCGGCGGCUGCGGUGGUGCGAGAGGUGCCGCGGAAGGGCCAGGGCGCGGCGCAGGCGUACACCGUCGCAGCGGCAGCGGCGAGAGGAGGAAGGAGCAGCGAGGGUUGGGCGCCCAUCCGCAUCGAGGUGUCCACGGAGGAUUUGAACGACGAGACAAAGUACUGCACGGCGCAGGAUGAGAGCAAGCCGAACUUUAAGGGCGGGACUGAGGAUUGUCAAGACAAAUACGUUCUGGACGCGGCAAGGAAGAGCACCCUGGUGAACGAGGUCAUCCCUGUGGCUGUCCAGCUGCACGCGGAGCGCCUGCUCGUUCAGCGCGCGCAGGGUUUGUUGAAGGUGCCCCAGUUCACUGACACGCAGGGGCGGUGCCAGCACUUCAAACUCCCCAGUGAGCAACAAGCAACGGGGGUCGCCAAUGCGGACAUGGUGCUCUACGUGGCUGCCGGGGCGAGUGCCGAGACGUGGGCGGUCCCGUGUGCCGUUGGGUCAAACGGUCGUCCAGUUGCCGGUGCCCUGCAUGUCUCGCCUUUUCAACGGUUGUCUGUCAUGCACUCUGCCCGCGUCGCUGCGCAGGCCAUCGGUCAUGCGCUUGGCUUCGGCGUGCAGCAGAUGAAGGCGCGGGGCACGUUGGAGGAAGACGUCACUAAUGUGCGCGGCAACCCCAACCCUGUGACGGUGGUGAAGUCGCCUGUUACGCUGAAAAAAGCGAAGGCGCACUACGGCUGCACUGACCUCAAGGGCAUGGAGUUGCUCAAGAUAAACGGUGGCGUUGGUGCGGUGGAGCGAGUCUACUGA